GCAUGGACGUCAAGGAGGACCACAUGGUUGUCAGCGACGACGACACGGUCAAACAGGACAAAGAUGCCACCAACAGCACUGCAGAUCGCAUCAAAGAAGGAAUCAGCAAUCUACAUACCAGUUUGGAUGCACUCCGCACAUCGGCAGAACAGAUGGUAGAGGAGGAGCACCAGGCCCUCAAAAGGCCCAGACUGGAGCCAGGACCCACAGACGCAGUACCACCUGCCUCAGGAGAAGCCUCUGGUUUUUAA